AUGGCCGCACAUCUAAAACCCCUUACCCUUCACGCCCACGAAACGGGUCCCAACCCCGUCAAGGUAGCCAUGGCCCUGGAAGCCCUCCACGUCCCCUUCAAAGUGAAGCAAUGGGAGUUCAGCGACGAUCCCGAAAAAGGUCUCAAGGGGGCCAAAUUCCUAAAGAUAAAUGAGAACGGCCGCGUGCCCGCCAUCGAAGACCCGAACACCGGCGUCGUAGCCUGGGAAUCCGGAGCGUGCAUGAACUACAUCCGCCGCGUGUAUGACAAGGGCAAUACGAUUGGUCCGUCUGGGGAUUCGGCGCAGGAUUUGGUGGAUUUUGAGAAAUGGGAGUAUUUCCUGUUGUCGACGCUUGGGCCGAUGAUGGGGCAGACGAAUUGGUUUCGGCAUUUCAGUCCUCAGAAGAAUGAGGAUGCGUUGCAGAGAUACACGGCGCAGAGUUAUCGGUGUUUUGAUGUGCUUGAGGGACAAUUGAAGAAGACUGGUGGCGAGAGUGUUCUGCCUAGUCGCGUUACUGCUGUUGAUUAUCAUUUUGAGGCUUGGGUGCGGAUGUAUGAGUUUGCUGGCAUUUCGCUGGAGAAGUAUCCUCUGAUUUGGAAAUGGCUUCAGCUGAUGGGGACUCGGGAGGAAGUCCGGGAGGCCUACUUGAAGGUUCAGGGGAAGAAGUGA